UACGUGUCAUCUUGUUUCCCGCCAGCACGAGCCUUUUAUCAGAAUAUCCAAGUCUUCGCAGUAGGAUUCAAGUCCCCGAGGAUGCGGCGUCAGAUCCCUCCAGACGUGAGAGAAGAUUUACGAUGGUUUUCACUGGUUCUUACGAUGGACACGAAGUUCAACUCCAUUCCCAUCGAACAUUUUGCCAGGCUAGAGCCUCCGUCCCGGCACGUCUGGAUGGAUGCAUCAGACACAGGUCUCUGUGUCCUAGAACCUCAGUUACGCCAGUGCAUCCGCCUGAAAUUCAGCGAGGCGGAAAAAGCGGCGUUCGCGACGUCAAAACAAGAAAACUCCAUCAACGUACGGGAGCUAAUGAGCGCGGUCCUGGCAAUACUGCAUUGGGGACCGGCAUGGGCAGCGACUGGGCGAGAUCGAACACACAUCUGCAUGUGGAUCGACAACACCAGCGCGGUGGCAUGGUUGGCAAAGCGAUCGAGUCGUCAUCCGACGGCUCGACUAUACAAUCGACUUAUUUCAGUGUCAGAGUUCCGCUAUUCCUUGACGUGCUCGGCAGCACACAUCGCGGGGGAGGAGAACGUCAUGGCCGACGCCGGGUUCAGGGCAUGGUGCGAGGAUCACCCUUUGUAUGCCGUGUGGACUAACUUAUCCGAUGCAUGGACACAGGUUCAAAUCGUUCCGCCAUUCGACAAUCUCUCGAGUCUCUGGGCAACAUUAUCCGUGGACACGCUGUCGCUGGUUCAACCGCCGGAAAAUACAACACGUACUGGUGGCAAUGGUGUGAUUUCUCCCACCAACUCGGGUGGUUGCCGUGGAUCUCGCAACCCGAAAGGUCCGCCAACAGAAAGCUAG